AUCCCACAAAUAGCCCCUAUAGGUUGAUUAAGCUUAUUUAUUGUCUUUUCAAUUACCUUUAUUUUAUUUAGCAUAAUAAAUUAUUACUCCGUAAUCCCCCAAACACCUAAAUCACAAAUUUCAAAUAAGUAUUCAACAACUUCUUUAAAUUGAAAAUGAUAA